AUGUGGAUUACAGGCGAACGUCCAUUUCCCUGUCGCUUUUGUCCAAAGGCCUUUCCGCAGAAGGAUCACCUACGAGCACAUAUUCGGACACACACGGGUGAAAAGCCUUAUCGCUGUCCGCAGUGCUCCAAGGCGUUCGCACAGCUUGGCAACCUGCAUCGCCAUGUCAAGACGCAUCGUCAAUAG